AUGGCAAGAAAGAAUAGAAGGUCAGACGCAGAGGAUGCUGUUGAUCUCGACGAGGUUGAUGCGUUCAAUGCAAACAGGGAAAAGAUCUUAUUAGACGAAGCAGGGGAUUAUUUAUCCAAAAAUGCUAGUGACGAUGAGCCAUCAGAUGAAGAAGUAUUAGCAUUACAUGAUGGCGAAGACCAAGCUGGAUAUGAUGAUCAGAAUGAAGACAUGGAUUCCGAUGAGUUUGAUGUUGCUCAAGACGAUGAAGAAGUUGAAGAAGAAGGGCUUGGCUGGGGUAGUAAAGAAAACUAUUAUGGUGGUGAUGAUGCCAGUGAUGAUGACGAAGAAAUGGCCAAGGAAGCGGUCGAGCAACAGAAAAAGCAUUUGCAAGAUUUGGAGAUGGAAGAUUUUCUUGAUGAAGAUAUGAUGGAAGAUUGGAAGAAAACCGCUGAUAAAUAUGAUGAUUCGAAAACUUCUCAAAACCAACUUGUUAUAAAUGAAGAAACAUCAAAAUCGCUAGGAAGUCUAGAUAAAGAUGAUAAAUUAAAACUUUUGAAAUCAUCAUUCCCCGAAUUCAUACCAUUAUUGAAAGAAUAUAGUCAAUUAAACGAAACAUUAGUAUCAUAUAAGAAAUUAUCUAAAAAAAAUCAAUUGAUAAAUACUAAAAUUACUGCAUUAUCCUGUUAUUUGGGAACUAUCUCUUCAUAUUUUGCAUUAUUUGCUGAACAUUUAAAAACUGGUGAAAGAUUCUUAAGCAUGAAAGAAGAGCCAGUAAUGGAAUCAAUUUUGAGUUUAAGGGAGGUUUGGAGACAAGCCAAUGAAUUACCUGAAGAAGAAGUGGAAACAAUGGAAGAAGAACAAGAAAUCGCAGGAUCAGAGUCUGAAGAAAUGCCUAUCGUUGCUUCUGAAGAAGUUUCAGAAUCAGAAGAAGAAUCAGAAGAAGAAUCAGAAGAGGAAUCAGAAGAAGAAGAACAAGAAGAAGAUACCAACGCAAAUGAAGAUCUUGAGAUUGACAUCAACAAAAGAAGAAAUAUCAAGAAAAUAUCUAAGAAGAACGUUGAUGAUUUUAUCGAAUCUGCUACUCCUGAAACAGUUGAUAUGGAAGAUAAAAACCGCCGUAAACGUUCCUUACGUUUCUACACUUCUAAAAUCGACCAAGCCUCCAACAAGAACAGUGACCGUUACGGAGGUGAUAUGGACUUACCUUAUAAAGAAAGAUUAUUCGAAAGACAACAAAGACUUCUUGAAGAAGCAAGAAAAAGAGGUUUGGGUCAAACUAAAGAAAAAUUGGGUGAUGAUCUUGAUGAUAAUGAUAUGAAUUCUGACGAGGAAAGAGUAGCCCAUGAAAUUAACGACGAUUACUAUAAUGAUAUCAAACAAUCCAAACAAGAUAAAAAAUCCGCUCGUCGUGAGGCUCACGAACUUGCAGUUAAAGCUGCUAAAGAAGGUAAAUUGGCCGAGUUACAAGACUCAUUGGACGAGGAGGGUAAAAGAGCCCUUAACUUUCAAAUUCUUAAGAACAAAGGUCUCACCCGUAAUAGAAAGAAUGUUGACAGAAAUGCCAGAGUUAAAAAGAGAAAGAAGUAUGACAAAGCUCAAAAGAAACUUAAGUCUGUCAGACAAGUCUAUGAAGGUGAAAACAGAGGUCCAUAUGAAGGUGAAAAGACUGGUAUUAAGAAAGGUUUAUCAAGAUCAGUCAAAUUGGUUUAAUUUAUAUAGAUUUAUGUAUUUUAGAUUCUAU